UAUUAAGAAUAGAAAAUAUAUUUUCCGAUUCCGUUGAAUUAAUUGAAAAGGUAGGUGUUUCUACUGAUGGAGUUCCGUCACUUCCAUUUCCACUUUUAGAAAAUACGACGUCGUUUUCUGUUUCGUUUGAUGAAUUCCUCCCUUUAGAUCAUUGAGGAGGAAAAUUUUCAGAAUUGCAGAAAACCACUUCGCAGCGCAAAGGUGAGGAGCCAUCGUCGCGGGAAACUGACACGGCAAAACCUGUAGAGGAACCUCACUCCCUUGAGAAGAUACCUGCCGCCGCCUCACCGCAGUUACAGCUGUAGAUCCGGAGCAGGAGCCAUCCACAACGGUGCCCUCAUCGCCAUCGCCAUCGAAAUUGCAGUCUCUACUGAUUUAUCUCAUGAUGAAUCACAAAUCAAAAUGAAAUUGAAGGUAGUUUGGAGGAAAGUUUGUGAUUAUAUUCGCUAUGACUUAAAAGAAAUUGCUUUUCCUUCAUCAUUACCUGAUCCUCCUCAUAUAAAGAAGCGGCGGAAAUUGACUUGGCAAGAACGUUAUUAUGUGUUGAAGGAGGCAUCUAGGCUUUAUGCUGCUAGCUGGGUACGGGAUAUUGGUCCUGAACUUCGGCCAAAUGACUAUAAGAAGGAUGAAGAGACUGAAGAUAAACCAGUGGGAGCAAGGAGUACAACUAAAGAAAAAGAACCUUCCACAUUGGAGGAUCUUGCUGUGGCUGCCAGAGGGGGAAUGGAGACACUGAGACCUGCUUUGCAGCAGGUAUAUAUGACAAGGGCUUCUGCUUAUAGGGAUGCUCUCAAAAGUUUCAUUGAAGGGUAUCAAGAAGGUAUACAACAAAUCAUGGAGAAGAAGGAAGAUUCGAAUUCUCCACAGAAAGACAAGACCCCUGCAAAACCAACAUGAUGUCUCUAAUAAGAGAUGUUCUUUGAGUCCAGAAAGUGAGCUACUGACACAGGUUGUACAUAUUCACUUAAAAGUGAAGGUUAAAGGAAAUUUACUGCAUGACCCGACUCCUUUAAGUGUCUUAGGUACCAUAAACCAAAAUUUGAAAACUAUGAAUAAAUGGGUAAAUUCACAUUUGCUUAUCAUC